AUGGCGGCGGACCGCACGACUGACUUUGCGCAGCUGUGUAGACAAUAUACGGCAUCGAAAGGUGGCGCUAAUCUCCAUAAACUUGUGCACACGCCACUCCAAGAAAACGCCCAGUUUAAUGCCGCCGCCUCUGAUAUCUCAAAAGAAGUGUACCAAGCAUCUAAAAGAUUGCAGCAGUUAACGCGACUGGUGCGGCAGAACAACAUGUUUAACGACCCUACAGAAGCGAUUAAUGAGCUGGCAGCGUUGGUAAAAAAAGACAUUACGGAUAUUAAUAUGCAGCUAGAUAAUUUACAAGAGUACAUGAAUAGCAAGCGGCAAUUAGCACCCUCGAGACAAGCAGCCAAGCAUUCGGACGCUAUCGUGUCGCUCAUGAAGUCUAAUCUCAUGGCUACAACCAAAGGAUUCAAGGAUAUUUUGGAAGUCAGGCAGGAGAAUAUGAAGCUGCAGCAGAGUCGCCGUGCUCGAUACGGUAAGACGGCGUCGAGUGCGCUGGGAAAGCCGCUGGCCUUUAAGGCGCCGCAACCUACGAAAAGCAACAAUAGCCAUAUUAGUAGGAAUUUGCAGGAAGUGGACUUGUCUAGCACACUGCCACGCCCAGGAUUUAGUACGGGCGGGUCUUUGAACAAGGACAAUUCGGAGAUCCAACCCCUCAUCACGACCAUGACACAAGAGCAAAUUGUGCCAGAACAGCAGAACUACACUGAAUCAAGAGCUGAAGCUGUGUCCCAAAUUGAAAGUCACAUUGUAGAUAUUGGGCAGCUCUUUGGAAGACUGUCGACGCUAAUUCAUGAACAGGGAGACCUCGUGCGAAGAAUCGAUGACAAUGUGGAGGAUUCGCUGGUGAACGUAAGCAGCGGCGAGCAAGAGCUGCUCAAGUAUUUUUCUAGUCUGUCAAACACUAGACUGCUGGCACUCAAGAUUUCUGCUAUCUUAUUGAUCUUCCUCAUCUUCUUCAUGUUUUUCUUAGCUUAA